GUGAAACUGAAGUGUAGUUGAGCUGUUGUGUGUUUGUGUCUCUGUAUUCAUGCUGUGAAAUGGCAGAAGCCAGAAUUUCAGUGGAUCAGGAUGAGUUCAGGUGUCCAGUCUGUCUGGAUCUCCUGAAGGAACCAGUGACCACUUCCUGUGGACACAGUUACUGUAAGAUCUGUAUUACAGGCUGCUGGGAUCAGGAGGAUCAGAAGAGAGUCUACAGCUGCCCUCAGUGCAGACAGAUCUUCAGUCCAAGACCUGCUUUAGCUAAAAACACCAUUCUGGCUGAAAUGGUGGAGAAACUGAAGAAGAUUAAACUUCCUGCUGACUGUUACGCUGGAGCUGGAGAUGUGCAGUGUGACGUCUGUACUGGAAGAAAACACAAAGCCGUCAAGUCCUGUCUGGUGUGUCUGAACUCUUACUGUCAGAAUCACCUUGAACAGCAUGAGAGUUUGUUUAAAGGAAAGAGACACAAUCUGACUGAAGCCACUGGACGACUGCAGGAGAUGAUCUGCCCGAAACACGACAAGAUCCUUGAGGUUUUCUGCCGCACUGAUCAGAAGUGUAUAUGUGUGCUGUGUACGAUAGAUGAACAUAAAAACCACAACACUGUAUCAGCUGCAGCACAGAGGACAGAGAAACAGCACCAGCUGAAGGAUAAGCAGAGGUGGUUCCAACAGAGGAUCCAGCAGAGAGAGAAAGAUCUUCAGCAGCUGAGAGAGGCUGUGGAGUCUCAUAAGCGCUCUGCACAGAGAGCAGUGAAGGACAGCGAGAGGAUCUUCACUAAGCUCAUCCGCUCCAUUAAGAGAAGCCGCUCUGAGGCCACACAGCGGAUCAGAGAUCAGGAAAAGACUGCAGUGAGUCGAGCUGAAGGACGACUGGAGCGACUGGAACAGGAGAUCAAUGAUUUGAGGAGGAGAGACGCUGAGCUGGAGCAGCUUUCACACACACAGGAUCACAUCCAUUUCCUGCAGAGUUUCCAGUCUCUCUCAGUUCCUCCUAAAUCUACAGACGGAAAUGACGAUCUCUUCAGUUUUCUCUCUUCUUUUGAUGUUGUGAGAGAAUCUGUCUGUCAGCUGAGAGACAAACUGGAGGAUUUCUGCAAAGAGGAGCUGAAGAAGAUCUCUGACAGAGUCACUUUCACCAACAUUGUUCCCAGAACCAGGAACGACUUCCUACAAUAUUCCUAUCAGCUCAGCCUGGAUCUGAACACAGUGAAUAAACGCCUCCGUCUGUCUGAGAGGAACAGAGUGAUUACUUACACUAACACAGAUCAGCCGUAUCCUGAUCAUCCAGACAGAUUUGAUUGUUAUAAACAGGUGUUGUGUAGAGAGACGCUGUUGUGUGGAUGCUGUUACUGGGAGAUUGAGUGGAGUGGACUUGUUGGUGUGUUUAUAUCAGUGUCAUAUGAGAGCAUCAGCAGGAAGGGAUUGGGUAAAGAGUGUUUGUUUGGAUGUAAUAAUCAGUCCUGGAGUUUGUUCUGCUCUCCCUCCAGUUACUCAUUCAGUCACAAUAACAUAGAGACUGAACUCCCUGUAAAGUCCAUCAGCAGAAGAAUAGGAGUGUAUGUGGAUCACAGUGCAGGAACUCUGUCCUUCUACAGCGUCUCUGGAGACACAAUGAGCCUCAUCCACACAGUCCGGACCACAUUCACUCAACUGCUCUAUCCUGGGUUUGGUGUUUAUCCUUUAUCAUCAGUGAAACUGUGUUGAUGAAUCAGAACAGACUGUAGAGAGAUUCUACCCAUAAUGCUUUGAGCUCAUGAUGAAUCAGUAACAGUGAGAUGUUAUAGAGUCUCUUUACAUUAAUACUACAGCUGAACUUCUGUCAGUGACAUAACAUUACUAUUAAAAUUAUCUUCACUUGAAAUGUGCUCUCCACAUACACUUCAAAGACACGGGAGACACAGGCCACAAGAAUUAUACAUUCAUUCUAUAAAAAUGGAUUCUUUGCCACUAAUUCAUUGACAACUUUCAUUGACAAUUCAUUGAUAAUCUCCCCCAUACAUUGUGUGUAAUUAUAUCUGUUUGUAUACUGUUCUUUUGUAUAUUUUAAAUUGUUAUAAAUGCAUGUGAUAAUACUUCUUGAUAUUGUAACCCAUCUUGGUGGUGUUUAAUAUCAAAUUACUCCUUGUUUAAUGACUCUCAUUUUGGUGGACAUCGCAAUCUCAUAGAAUCCAUUGUAUGUUUAUAUUUAUGUUAUAAAUGGACACACACUGAAUUAUAAGGUUCUAUCUGACAUUUUUGUCAAAAUUGAGUUAUUCACAACUUAUUUACAUUAUGUGAUGUUAUGUCUUUUUAAGUUGUGUACAUUUUGGGAAAACAAGAAGGUUCUAUCUACAAAGUCAAACUCUAACUUGGUUCUAUCUGCGUGAGCCAUAGAACCACAGUCAGCACUUCGACUGCACACACAAGGACCAAUCAGGAUCAGCUAUCUUUGUCAUGUCAUCGGACUGUUUGCGAUAGUAUAAGAGAGCGCAGAAAAAUGCUAAAUCAGUGAAGAGAAGACUAAAUAAUUUCACACAAUGCAAUGUUUAUUAGAAACCUCAUGAUUGAAUAUUUUAUUUAUGAUCUUGUCAAUGACAGCAAACCAAAUUCCAGGGAAUUACAGUUUGUUGUGUUUUUCUGUAUCUAUUGCUGAGGAGUUAUUUUCAGUUAGACGCUAACGCUAGCCAGCUGCGCUAUUAAGAGGAUAGGUCACGGUUUUGUUGUUUUUUUUUGUUUGUUUCCAGUUACAUCAUUGUCAUAGGUUGGAAAGUUAUGUAUUAUUAGGUUAUGUUUUAACCUUGAUCCAUCCUGUGUACUUGUGCUGAGCUGUAUGUACUAUGUAUAUAUAGAGCUCUACGCUAUGGCACACUGGAUUAAAGUGUAUACUAUAUUAAGUAAUGAAAUGUUAAAUUUUACAUUGUUGGUAAAAACUGAGUUGUUGCAUAGUUGAAGUAAUUUAAAUAUUUUAAAUGUGAAAUAUUUUGAAUUAUAUAUAGUCAGUGAUAUAGUCAGUGUUUAUUAAACUUUG